UUUGCCCUCUGCCUGGACGUCGUUGCUCACUUCUUUCCCAACACUCGUCUUCCUCUCUUUAUUUAAUACCUUCUUUGGAAAGAAUGUCUCCUAUUGCCUCGGGAAAGGGAAAGGACAGUGGUGCGGCUCGUAUACUGGGCUCAGGGACCUCUGGUAUCGCAGAGUUGCUUGUAUUCCACCCAGUGGACACAAUCGCAAAGCGACUGAUGAGCAAUAAGUCCAAAGCAUUGGGAAAUCUAUCAAACGUUCUUUUCCGAGAGCAUGCAUCUGCUCCGAUAGGAAGGCGGUUACUCUCACUCUUUCCAGGUCUUGGGUAUGCCGCUGGAUACAAGGUCUCUCAACGCGUGUACAAGUUCGGCGGGCAACCGUGGUUCAAUGAUUUAAUUAGCUCACGGUAUAAGGAUAAUUUUACAAACACAUUUGGAGAACGGAACGGGAAGAUGAUGAUGCAGGCUGCGGCAGGAAGCUUGACUGGUAUUGGUGAAGUGUUACUCCUGCCCCUCGAUGUUUUGAAAAUUAAGCGCCAAGUCAAUCCGGAAGCGUUUCGUGGACGUGGAGUAAUACGGAUUGUCAUGGAAGAGGGAACGACACUUUACCGUGGUUGGGGAUGGACUAUGGCCCGGAAUGCUCCAGGGUCAUUUGCUCUCUUCGGUGCAUCAGCGGCAACAAAAGAUUUGCUCGGAGUGAAAGACUACAGUCGCGCAACCUGGACACAAAACUUUAUUGCAUCCGUCUCAGGAGCAGUAGCAUCCAUUACUGUUGCCGCGCCGCUCGACGUCAUCAAAACGCGCAUACAGAACGCGAACUUUGAAACACGCGUUUCCGGAGUGACGGUGUUCCGCGAUUUAAUACGUACGGAGGGUGUUAGUGCGCUGUUCAAGGGAUUAACGCCGAAGAUUCUUGUCGUGGGACCGAAACUUGUGUUCAGCUAUACACUUGCGCAGAGUUUGAUCCCUUGGUUCUCGAAGUAUGUGUAACCGGGUGAAGAUUGCGGGUUGUAGGGAGGGAUGGCGCCAAAACUCUUUCAUGCACGAUUCGCAGUAUCGAGAUAUUUCAUAGAUUUAUUUUUACGUUUUUCAUGGAUAAUAUUAUUUACUAGAGAAUACAACAUCCCCUGUUUUAUUUCGAA